AUGAAGAACAGACCAACCAGAGACAAGGGUUCUGCCGAAAGAAAACGUGUGCAUCGUGUGGAUGCAGGAAGGGUUUCCAGUGAUGAUACAGACUCUGACCUAGCCCUGCACAAACUUUCUAAAGCAGGAGAAAAUGCACGCAUCAUAGUAAAACCUGAAAUUGAGGGAAUCUCUUGUGAGAUGGAGCUAGACACAGGGGCAGCAGUCUCACUGAUGUCAGUAUCCACGUAUGAAGCGAAACUGAACCAUUUACCCCUACAGCCAACUGACAUAGUGUUGAGGACAUACACUGGUGAAGCAUUGUGUCCACUAGGGGUCGUCAAUGUUCAAGUGAAAAUGAACAAACAAACUGCUGUGCUUCCUCUGUAUGUUGUCCAGGGCGAAUAUCCACCAUUGUUUGGCAGAGAGUGGUUGCGUCAAAUCAAAUUGAACUGGAAAGAGAUACGGGCAGUUCGAAUGGGUACGCUGGAUGAUGUGUUGCGGAAACAUGCUGCAGUGUUCCCUAAAGAGAUAGGAGUGAUGAAAGGCAUUGAAGCAAACGUGUCACUAAAGCCUGAGCACAAACCCAAGUUUUUCCAGCCGAGAGUGGUCCCAUAUGCUCUACGCCCAAAGGUUGAAGCUGAAUUGACCCGUCUUACUGAAAUUGGAGUCCUGUCACCUGUACAAUAUAGCGAAUGGGCAACUCCAAUAGUUCCAGUGGUAAAAAAGAAUGGAGCAGUGCGCAUUUGCUGCGAUUUCAAAGUGACAAUAAACCCUUUCCUCCAAGUUGAGCAAUAUCCAAUUCCACGUAUUGAGGAUCUUUUUGCAUCCUUGGCAGGAGGACAACGUUUUAGCAAAUUGGAUCUAUCCAAUGCCUACCUGCAAAUGCAAGUCAACGAGAGCUCGCGAAAACUCCUCACAAUCAACACACAGAAAGGUCUCUUCUGUUAUAAUCGUCUUCCUUUUGGGAUUGCCUCGGCUCCAGCCAUUUUUCAAAGGGCCAUGGACCAGAUCUUGCAAGGGCUACCCAACGUACACUGUUAUCUGGAUGACAUAUUAGUGACUGGCUGUACUGACGCCGAACACCUACAACAUCUUGAUGCAGUGCUUGGACGUCUGGAGGAGUUUGGCUUGCGAGUUGAGAAGGACAAAUGUGAAUUUUUCAAAGACUCUUUGGAGUACCUGGGUCAUAUAAUUGAUUCUGCAGGAUUGCACAAAUCUCCAGAGAAAGUGCGAGCAAUUGUCGAAGCACCGGCUUCCAUCAAUCUCACCCAGUUGAGAUCAUUCCUGGCUAGAGGAUUGAGCAGUGCCAGUACCAGUGAGUUUUCACCAUUCAUUUCCAGGCGCAAUGAGUUGUCAGUGCAGCAAGGAUGCCUAAUGUGGGGCAUAAGAGUCAUUGUUCCAGCUACAUUAAGACAAAGGAUCCUUGAAGAACUGCACAGUGGCCACCCUGGUGUGGUGAGAAUGAAAGCCUUAGCUCGAAGCUAUGUUUGGUGGCCUGGUCUUGAUAGCGACAUCGAACAACAAGCAAGGAGCUGUCUAUCUUGUCAGCAGAUCCUGAAAAUGCCAUGCCAAGCCCCUCUCCACCCAUGGGUCUGGCCAAGCAAACCAUGGGAACGUAUACAUGUGGAUUUUGCAGGACCAACUGAGGGUCACAUGUACAUGGUUGUGGUUGAUGCUCAUUCGAAGUGGCCAGAAGUGCAGAUUAUGGAGUCCACAACCACAGACAGGACUAUUCGUGUUUUGCGGAAUCUUUUCAGCCGCUAUGGAAUUCCUGAAGUCCUUGUCAGCGAUAAUGGACCUCAGUUCACGGCACAGGAAUUUGCCACAUUCCUAAAAGCUAACCAUGUCAAGCACAUUCGCUCAGCUCCGUACCAUCCAGCCACUAACGGGCAAGCUGAGAGGUUUGUACAAACAGGCGUUGAAGUCCUCAAAGCACUCCUCAACCCCUCUCCAACAGAGGUUGGAUGCCUUUCUCCUGACCUACCGUAA